AAAGAGCGGCGAAACAUACAAAUUCCGGAAACUUUGAAAUUAUUUCAUAGCAAGCCACAGUUCUUUAUUUUGACAAUCGUGUGUUAGAUGUGCGCAUGAUACACAUCUGGAUUUGCAGUGGAAUAUAUAGGCCGACAUAGGCGUAUUCGAGCUGUAUGAACUGUAAGAACAGGAGGAGGGGAAGAAUGUCUGCACCAUACAAGUUCCAUGAUGGCCUGCAUCCAACAUGUACACUGCAAACUCAUUUUGAGUUACAGAAGACUGAGUCUUUCUGUGAUGUAACAAUUGUGGUGAAUGAAGAUGAGAUUAGAGCACACAAACUUGUGUUAGCAUCUGUAUCUCCAUAUUUCAGGGCAAUGUUCACUUCUGGGUUUAUUGAAACAACACAGGAUCGAAUUGUAAUGCAUGAAAUGGAGUUCUCUGCUUUGAGAGACAUCAUUGACUUCUUCUACACAGGCAAAAUUGAAGUGACAGAAGAAAAUGUGUAUCUGAUAAUGGAAAUAGCAGAACUUUUGCAAGUGUCGGCCAUACGAAUGGCAUGUUCAAUUUACUUGUUGUCAACGUUGAACACCAGCAAUUGCUUCUCAGCAUAUGUGCAUGCCACUUUAUGCAGUUAUAGUGACAUAGCACACAAAGCAUUUCGUUAUAUACUUCACAACUUCAAAUCUGUGAUGGAGGAGGAGGAGUUCCUUCAUGUGCCACCAGAGACUCUGUUGAACGUUCUUAGUUCAAUGGUACUGGAUGUCUCUAAUGAACACCAGCUUUUGAAGGCAGUAGUGCAGUGGUGUGAACAUGACUGUUCACAGCGAUUUCAUUAUUUGAAACCAUUGGUUUCAAAAAUAAAUCUUCAAGAAGUGCCACUGGACUUAUUAUACAGUUCUAUACAAGAACCACUGUUGGCGCCACAAAUAAGAGAAGCUUUAAGUCAAAUUUUAGAAGAGGAGGAAAAGGAGAAGAGGAGGACCCCAUACAUGUAUGAACUGUUCCCUGUGAAGUCACAAUUGAGAACGAGACACAACGAACAUGAGGUAAUGUUGGCCAUUGGUGGAGAAACAUAUAGAAGCUUCUGUUGUAGGACAUGCGAAUGCCUUACUUUGGGGUAUUGUAGCUGGGAGUUCACUGUACCAGAAGCUCUGUAUUUUACUGGUCCUCAUCAGAAGAACCAGGACAUUCCACCUAUGAGUUAUGGUCAUAUUUGUGCUGCAGUAACUGCCAGAGAUUAUGAAGUAUUCGUUAUUGGUGGGACAGGCCGUUCAACAGUUUUAGAUGAUGUCGAGUGUUAUAGUAUCAAGUCCAAUACGUGGCGUGACCUGGAACCUCUUCCUAUGGCUGUGCAGGGUGCUGGAGCAGCUUUCUUGGACCUGAAGCUUUAUGUGGUGGGAGGCAGGGGCAGAAUCGGCUAUGAGAAUAAAGUAUGGGUAAAAUAUUGUUACUGUUUCGCCCAUAAGGUUUAUAAGGAACAUAAAAAUGAAUGGCAUGAAGCACCUCCAUUGAAUACAUGCAGAGGAUAUCAUGGCGUUGUGGCUGUUUGUGGAGCAGUUUAUGCCAUUGGUGGAGCUUGUGGAGAAGGGAACAGAACAGAUACAUAUUUAAAAUGUAUGGAAAAAUAUGAUCAGGGAAGAAGUCGGUGGUACACUUUGGCACCAAUGCAUGAAACAAGAGCUUCAUUUGGUUGUGUAGCAGUGGGCAAAUUUUCUAUGUCAUGGGAGGAUAUGAUGGCACAUCUUUCCUGAAAUCAGUAGAAAGGUACAACACCCUGACAGACAAAUGGGAUUACAUGACCUCAAUGAGCAUACCUCGAAGUCACUGCAGUGCCACUGUGUAUAAAAAUUGCAUAUACUGUCUGGGUGGACGUGACAGAACAGAAAUCCUUGCCACUGUGGAAAUGUUUGAGCCAGAUGCCAACAGAUGGAACUGGCAGACUUCAAUGAAAAUGGAGAGAAGUGGAGCAGUUGCUGCCACCCUCUUUAUACCUUGUUAUAGUUAAACUUAAUAACGAGGUUGGUGUUUCUCAGGCAAGUUUGCUGCAGCAUAUAGUUCAUGUGAAAUACUAAGAUACAAUUUUAUUCAGCUGUGUGUUUCACUGUUAAAUUGUAAAUAAUUAUUUGCUGGGUUACUGAAAUUAUUAUUUAUUUGUAUGAAAAGUCAGUUCUAACAGUUAGAGCACCAAGCUGUAUAAUAAACACAUAUAGUCUGGGUGGACAUGACAGCAUCCGCUAACUUAAGACUAUUGAGAGUUUAAUCCAAAUGUCAACAGAUAGUACUGUGUGCAUGCAAUGCACAACUUUAUAUAUAAAGUGUUUUAUUUCUGUCCACCCAGCAUGUGAAAUACUCGGAUACAAUUUUAUUUGGCCAUGAGCUUCACUGUACCUUUUCAUCAUCAACAUCAUCGUCAUCAUCAUGUUAUUUACAUAUUGUUUGUGAAAUGUCUUUUUAAAUUUUACAGUGAUGAAUAAUUAUUUCCUCACUUAAUAAAUUCAUUUUGUUACAUUGUAUGAAGUCAGUUAUACCACUUACAGUGAAGGUUACUCAAAAUUUUUUGAUCUUAUGACACAGUUAUGUGUAAUUACGUACUGAAACACUGAAUAAAAUCAGCUUAUAAAGGAGGAAAACUUAAGAUAGUUUUAAUAUCUCCUUCUGUCACAAUACCCUCUCUUGGUCCCUUGUCAUGCACCCAUUCCCCAAAAUGUCCUGAUUUAUUUAUUUCAGCAAAACUUUUAAUUCCAACAGCAAUUCCUGACACAGUGUAAAUAAUAUCUUUGUUUAUAUUAAUGAUAUUUUUCCAUCUUACAACACUUUCCCUUCAUUGUGAAAAUCUGAUAUAUGGUAUCAUAUUUUUUACUAACACAUCCGCCAAUGUGUUUCAUUGUACAGUGUCAUUGUCAAUGUCGUCAUCAUCAUCAGGUUAUAUAUAACUCUAUAUUGUUUGUGGAAUGUCACUCAUAAAUUGUACGGUGAUGUAUAAUUAUAUCCUUACAAUUUAUUUUUUGCAUUGUAUGAAAAGUCAGUUAUACCAUUUACGGGUAAAGACAAAGUUAUUGAACUUAAAACUUUGUUGAUCUUAUGACAAAAUUAUGUGUAGUUAUAUACUGACACCCUCUUAAGAGGAUUUCGAAAAGAACCAAACAAAAUCAGCUUACAGAGGAGGAAAACUGAAGAUAGUUUUAUUAUCUUCAUCUGUCACAAUACCCUCUCUUAGUCCCUUGUCAUGCACUGAUUCCCAAAAAUGUCCUGUUUUAUUUAUUUCAGCAUCUUUUAAUUCCAAUGGCAAAUCUUUGUUUAUAUUCAUUAUAUUAAUAAUUUUUUAUUUGUUUCAUUCUGGUCCGUCACACUAACAAUUAUAAGUACA